CUGCUUCGCACUGUUUGUAUCGAGUCUACCUACCACUAAAUUGCUUUCUUACCUUCAUCCACUUCUUCGCUUCCUUUCGUCUCCUUGGUCUUUAUUCGCUUCUCAUGAUAAUUACCGUGGUUUUGGAAAUCAAAUAUCCAUCCCUUUGAGUCUUAUUGGAUCUCAGAAUAUCAUGACUUCUAUUUCUCCUCCCGGUCGCAACCCAAUUGCUCACAGAACUAGCCGUGCCCUUACUUGACUUACUUGAUUAUUGGACUGUGACGUUGCACGCAUUGACGAUGGAUGAGUCCCAGACCCCCACCGAGGAGUCUCAAUUGGCCAUGCCCAAUCUCGACUCAGUCGAUUUAAGUACUAUACCACCUAUACUCGUGCUUUCGGCUCAUCUGAAAGGUCACGAGGCGAAAGAUAUCGAGGAAACGUUGCGCCGUCACGGCGCACAGCCCACUGACGAUGUGUCUAAAGCGAAGGUUUUCAUCGGCAAGGUCGGAACCAAGAAGCGGUCCGAGUUCGAACUUCGGGCUCGAAGAUUGAAGGUUGAGGAGUUUCUCGACCUGGAGCGCACGGCCAGCCCCGUUCAGGUCGACGAUGAACCUGCUAGUAAGAGAAGAAAAGUCGAGGGGUCUCGACAUACGCCCCAGGACGAGGCGAGGACACGGACUCAAGUCGCAGACGAUUCGGAGACUGAAGACGAAUUCCCGACAUUGAAGCGAGACACUCAUGCGGCAUCGCCGACAAAGUCUCGUGAAGAGUCUGAAGCACUGCCUGUUUUAUUUGAGUCGCCCGGGAGCGAAGAUAUUAUUUGGGUUAUCAAAGUCGGUUGGCUCAAUGACUGCAUCGCGAAAGGAACAAUCUUGCCCCUUGGGGUAAACUUAGUUUACACAGGAAAGGUUAUCGAGCGGCCACCGAGCUCGACAGCGACGCCCAAAUCCAUAAUUCCGUUCUUUGCAGGCAAGACCACCAAGAUUAUCCCUGCGUCACGGACAAACCUGGCUCCACGACCAGAAAGUGGCCAGGAUAUUCUGGAGCGUGCCAAAUCAGACUUAUAUGCUGUAUCCUCGAGACAUCAUCAUCAACCGACGCGGUCAACCAAUUCUGGCUCUCGUCGCUUCGACGGCGCCACAUUUGCGUCAAGUUCCACCUCACAUCAUGGCCAGGUUGCCGCGCAUACCGCCCAUCUUCUCAAGCAGUCCACGAGCGAGUAUGAAGGUGAUGACUCGGAUCUCCCACCUGCCCCUAAGUGGGUCAAGAAGGACAUCAAAUAUUCUUGUCAGCGGUUUACACCUCUGAAUGGGCCCAAUGACGAGUUCAUCGGCCUUCUCAAAAAGAUACGCAUAGCAAGGACUCUGAUUAAUGACGAAAUAGGAAUUCGUGCUUACUCUACGAUCAUUGCUGCUAUCGCCGCGUAUCCAUAUGAGCUUCGCCAUCCCCGCGAAGUGCUCCGCAUACCGGGGUGUGAUACGAAAGCUGCCGAGCUAUACGUCGAAUGGAAGAACACAGGUCAUAUCAAAGCAGUCGAUGACUUUGAAGAAGACGAGGCCAUGAAAGUCUUACGACUGUUCUACGAUAUCUGGGGAGUUGGCGCAAAGACAGCCAGGAACUUUUACUAUGGCAACCACUGGACAGAGUUAGAUGACAUCGUCGAGUUUGGGUGGAAUGAUCUUGACCGCGUCCAGCAGAUCGGCGUCAAGUAUUACGAAGAGCUCUUGAACCCAAUUCCCAGAUCCGAAGUCGAACAGAUAGCUGAGGUCGUGCGGCAGCAUGCUGUACGCCUACGAGACGAUAGGAUUACAGUGACCAUCGUCGGGGGUUAUCGACGAGGAAAGGCUGCAUCAGGCGAUGUCGACAUGAUUAUUUCGCACCAUGACCUGGAGUCAACCGCCAAUCUGGUCAGAGACAUCAUCCAGUCUCUCGAAGACGAAGAGUGGAUCACUCACACGCUCACCAUGAGUCUUCACAACACAGAAAGAGGGCAGUCCACUCUACCGUUCCGCACGACCAGAGCCGCUGGCGCAGGCUUUGACACUUUAGACAAGGCACUCGUGGUCUGGCAAGAUCCGCACUGGCCGACCCGGGAGCGGGAUCUCGCAGAGAACCCAAGGGCGAAGAAUCCGAACAUUCAUCGCCGCGUUGAUAUUAUCAUCGCGCCGUGGCGGACAGUAGGCUGUGCUGUCAUGGGCUGGAGCGGAGGGACGACUUUCCAGAGAGACCUUAGAAGGUACGCCAAAGCGAUCAAAGGUUGGAAGUUCGAUAGUAGCGGCAUCCGAGAUCGAAGCACAGGUGAAGUUGUGCAACUCGAAGGUCCCAACGGCGUCGAUGGCACCCCUGAAGAUGCGGAGAGAAUAGUGUUUGAAGGCUUAGGUCUUGAGUAUAUACCUCCAGAGAUGCGGUGCACGAACUGAAGUCCCCGGCUUGGACACAUGCGUAUAUCCUGUAUAUACUUGAUAUUCUUAUGUACAUACUUCGACCUAACGAGCGUUUUGCAAUCGGAUGCCAUGUUCAUU